AUUCAGUAAAAUCGUAACAGUAUUAAAUCCCCCUCUUAGCACCGAUAGUCCUCGAUUUCAAUCUUUUUGUAUACUGGAAUAUAUCGCGUAACGUGGUGUUUGAAGAUUCGUUGGAGCUAAUAUGAACGAAAAAGCUAAGGUUUUAAAAAACGUGGUGAAUAGUCAGCUUUCUGACUUGUAUAUGUGCUCAUUAGAAGAAUAUCCUGAUGUGGAGUUGACGGGGCUCAAGAGUUAUCCCGUGAACAUUUUGGACAAAUUAAUAUGUUCCUCUAUGCAAAGCCCUGGAAGAAAAACAUUAGCACUUCGUUUAUUAAAUGGAAUCUCCUUAGAAGGAAUGAAGAAAAAUGCAUACAGCUGGACUUCAAUACUCAUAAAGUCAUAUGCGGAAUGUAAAGAUAGCGGAGAUGCUAAUCAGAUUAUUACUGCUAUCGGCAAACUUGCAAAAUCAUCCCAUACAUCACAGGAUUCCCGGAAAUUGUUUGGUUCCAAUUACAUUAAAAACAUCUUGGAAGUAAUAACCAAUGAAUGCCACGUUCCCGUCGAUCAUUUUGUACUUUUACAGACUAUUUCUAUCCUCUUGAAGUUAUAUCCUGAAUAUAGCACACAAGCGAGCGGAGGCGUUAAAAAUUUCUUAACGAAAUUUAUAGAUUCACCUAAACAUGAUAUAGUAGAGAGUUCCGCAUUGUGUUACCAUCUUUUAUUAAACAUAUCGAAAGAACGUUCAAAUGAUAUUCUAGCAAAGGAACUUUGGUCCAUAUACCAACGAAAAUUGGUAGACGUUCUACAAACCUUGUCAGAUAUAUUUUUGGGUAAUGCAUCUUCUAACGUUAUGGAAGCUGUAAAGUGCGAACCAUUGAAUAUUCCAAUGUUUCAACUGAGUGACGAUCCAAUAAAAAGAUAUCCACAAAUUUUUCUUCGUUUUAAAAAUAUUGCUAUAUAUUUAAUUGUAACUUUACGGGAGCCAUUUUCAGCUGUAAAAUUGAUUAACUCAAACAGUGUAAUUCAUCUCAUUAAAAGUGCCUUGGGGAACUCACAUAUAAAUCAACAAAGAAAUAAGAAAAUUAACGAAAUAAUGCUUGACCUUCUGCUUCCUCAAUUUUUUAAUGUUCUUUUAAAAAUAUUGGAGACAUUAAUUCUAUCAUUAGGAAACCAUUUACGAAGGAGUUACAAACAAAUAUGGACCAUUUUUGGAGACUUACUUAAACUAACUACAUAUGAAAAGAAUAAAAAGAAAACAUCAUAUUUACGCUUGCGAUUAAAAACCUACCAUGUCAUCAGUUUAUGGUGUCAAACUAUCGGCCAAGGAAGUCGCAGUGAUUUAAUAAGUAACUCUAUUAUGGAUGAUAUGCUGAACAUUUGCAAGAGUAUGUCCACAACGAAUUCAGUAGCAACAGACACAAUUAUGAUGGAAGCCAUUUAUUCAGCUCAAAGAUGUAUAUUUCAUAUAUUGAAUUCAUCGCCUAAUAAUCUAAAACUUUAUUCUUCAUUGGUAAUGGAAACAAAUGUAAUGAAUUUCUUUUGUCGAACAUGUGAUUCAUCGCUUUGGAAUACAUAUAGCUGCGAAUACCGUUCUGGGUUAAUUAAAAUUUUGUUCUCGAUACUUACAGCAAGAGCUUUUUUAAAGCCAUCUUCUGUUGAAGCUAUAAUUAACAUUAUUCGGCAAGUUUCCGUAUCAGAUAAAAAUAUUGAAGUACGUAAUAAUUGUGCAACAAUACUGCUUUAUUUGGAAAACUGUGCGCAUCCUCAGAAGAAUAGUUACAAACUUAAUGUCGUUCAACGUACAGUCAACAAUUUUAUUAAUGUCGCUGAAAAUAAUAAAUUACAACAACAAAAUUCGCACAUAUAUACUAACGAUGGAAAUUGUCAAAAAACUUCGAGUGAAUUCGCGUUAAAAGAAAAAUCUCAACCAGAUCGUAUCGCAGAAAAUGGGAUUAAAAUUGUGCCACAAUUUUCUGAAGCCAGUACAAUAAAGAGUAUAGAAAAAGCUAAUAAUAAGCCCACUAAUUCCAAUGAUCAGAUGCCGGAAGCUGAAAGUACUAGCAUUUAUUUAGAAGAUAUUAGCGAUGAUAUUUCAACUGAUGAAAAGCUAGUGGCGAAUAUUGUUACCACUUUUAUUGAGGACUUAAUUUAAAAUUCUAUCAAUGAGAGGAUUUGAUAUAAUAAUGGAAAGAAUACCCUAGCUCAAGCCUGUUUUGUAAAAAUUGGAGUCACGUAUUUGUAUUUUAUAAAAUUUAUAUUUACAUAAUAUACGGCAGUUAUAACUUACAUAUCCGUUAUUAUUAAAAAGAAAUUCGUUAAAUAAAUAAGUUGAGAUUCAUGUUUGAUUU